AUGAACAGAUCAUUGCAUCCGUCAAAUAUUACUUUUGCAGAAGCUGAAACGACCAAAUACGAGUGCAACGUUCUGCCAGUGUAUUCAGAGUAUACCGGGCCUGUUUCGGAGGGAUCACAGUUUUGGAAUGCUCAGAAGACUAGCUGCUCCGUGGACGGACAGGAUCAACUUAUAAAUUACAUGAGGGGCAGACGACUAGUUGGAAAGGAGCACCACUUUGGAGGAGACUACAAAGUGGGGGUGUUCCGACGCGAGACAGUCGACGGAGUACAAAACACGUACAAGGAGGUGGGAGAAAGUAGUAACAUCGUGAACUACGGGCACGAGAGAUUGCCAGACGAGAAUGACGCGAUUGAGAAGCUGGUGGACUGGAUGUCUGUGUCAAAACAGAUUCACGAGGAGUGA